GGGAAGAUGAGUACAACAUCUGGCGGUUCCAACAAAUCUGACGAGGAUCAUAUCACGAGAAAAAUCUGUCUCAGUCUCAACUUGUAAUGCGGGCGCUCCUUGAGACACUUCUUUGUCACGCUGCACAUGCAAGAAAGGCGGCUUUCAUCCGUGUUGUUUUCUCUUGUGUCUGACGCAUCACACUUCACUCAAACUCAUGACUGCUGUGUCUGCAAAGGUUUGAGACGGAGAAAGCUUUUUCCUUGCAUAGAUUACGGUGCGGAUAAUUGGUGGAACCAAGCAUGGAACUUGCUGGGUUGGGCCUGGAGAAAAAUCCGAUCCUCGCUCCCAGGUUGGCUUCCCGGACACGAAAGUAUGCGUUGCAAAUAUGUCUUGGUCUUUAAGGUUGCGACUUGUGUCUUCGUCCCGUAGAUCGGGGAAAAAUUUGUCCUUUGGAGGUAGCACGAGACGCCCAUUUUCGGUCAUGCUGAAGCGGUACGUCUCAGGCGGAAUAUGCAUUCGCAAAAUCCUUACAAAAUCUAUGAUAAGUACUAUCCCCGGCAAUCCAGACCUGGCGAGGCAUCCAAAAUCUGCAUGGUAAACACGUGGACUCAUCCAGACCCAGACGUAUUUUCACUUUGGAUAUCAAAUGAAUUGAACAACAAGUUGGCACGUGAAUUGGAACUCGCGGAACAUAGACACCCCGACCUGUUUGACGAAUGUCAUAGAUUCAGGCAGGGGGGAGAUGGCAGAGAAGCUAUCAUGCGCUGGCGAAGAGAAGGAGCAUUGUCUCGUGAUGCCAGCGUGGAGGAAGAGCGGUGGAAGAUCUGGCAGUUGUGGCUGCGGGAAAAUCACCCUGAUACAGCUGAUCGCGAGGCUAGGUGGAUGCGGGACAAGUACCCUGAUGACGAGGCUAUUUGGAG